GGCAUAAUAACCUGCGAGUUUACUAAUGUUCAAGGAUGAAAAAUAACUCGCACUUAAGAAUGUUAAAGACAAUUUCAGUGUUAUACAAUUGAUUGAUUUUUCAAAGGGACGUAAAAAUAAAUUACAUUUAAAAACCAUUAAUUCCCUCAUCUAGAAUUGUCGCAUUGCAUUAGUACAUAGUUUCCAAAUUCGAAUAACCGUAUCUUCUCCAUUUACCACUUCAAGUGACAGCCGGUCUAAUUGUCAUCCAUCUUUAAUCUUUCGCCUACAUAUGUAGGACGUUUCCGAAAUUGCUCUGAUAAUUGCUUGAAAGUGCAAAGCAGAACUGUCACUAAACAACUUGCGAACAAUAUUAUCGAACAAAAUGUGGCAUGAAGCUAGAAAACAGGAGCGGAAAAUUCGGGGAAUGAUUGUGGACUACAGAAAACGCGCGGAACGUCGACAGGACUUCUAUGAGAAAAUCAAGGCGGACCCUACACAAUUUAUGCAAAUUCAUGGACGUGGUUGCAAGAUACACCUCGAUCCAGCUGUGGCAGCUGCAGGAGAUGGCGCUGCAAUCAUUGUUCCAUGGCAAGGGCAAAAGGACAACUUGAUUGAUCGAUUUGAUGUUAGGGCCCAUCUUGAUUAUAUUCCCCCGCCUCCCAAAGUCAAUGAAUUGGAAGACAUCAGUCCCGAAGAGCGUCACUGCAACUAUGAACGCUACAGAAUUUUAGCACAGAAUGAUUUUUUAGGCACUUCGGAGGAGAAGUUCUUACAUCAGCUGCAUUUAGACGAACAAUUUGGUGCAAAUGCGCACUUAGAAAUGGAUAAAAUGGGAUCUAAGAAAAAAUCGGCGGCAGGAGCCGCAAUAAGUUAUUCUUAUGAUACAUCAAACGACGUUACGCCUUUCAGUCAAAUACAUCCCAUUCCUGUACCAGGACAAGCCGCUGAUGCUGAAGCCGAAUCCGACUCAGAUUUAGACAUGGAUGUAUCAAUCGAUGUUGGAAAAUUGGACACAAGCCAAGCACACGAACUAAAUGCCUGCGGUCGUAACUAUGGAAUGAUGAGUAAUGACUUCUAUUCAUUUUUAACGAAAGAUGCUGACGAAGCAGAUGCCCUGAAGAUGGCCAGAGAGGAGGAACAAGAGAAAAUCAUGCUAAGUGGUCGAAAAAGCAGGAGGGAACGAAGAGCUCAAAGAGAAAAGCGCUUUUCCGGAAGACCUAUGAGCCCUCCCAGUUACGCUGCGAAGGAAGAUGUUAGCAAUAUCAACUGUAGUAUGAAUGAAAACGAAAGUGAUUCGCGUUCACCGUCCCCAGAGAAUUCAGGGAAGAUUACUUUCAUAACAUCAUUCGGAGGGGAAGAUGAACUCCGACCACAUUCCAAAAUUUCAAUUAACCUUAAUAAGCGUGGAACAGUGAAAACGCCAUCAGGAUUGCAAAAUCAAGUUACAUAUGCUGAUAAGCUCAAAGAAAACUUAUCGCAAUUCGACAGUUUUAAUGAAAUCGCGAAGAAAAGUUCGCCACCGCGCAAACCAAUGCAGUAUAUGCGAAAUGCGAGCUCAUCGCGUAGCAGAAGCCGUAGUAGAUCUUACAGGCAUCGAUCCAGGAAACGUAGUCCCGCUGAUCGAUAUUCUUCUCGUCGUCCCACAUACAAUUCUCGAAGGCGGGGCUACUCGCGAAAUCGGUCGAGAUCACGCUCCAGAUCAAGGACCCGUUCCAGGUCAAGAUCUCCAAAAUAUUCGAGAAAUCGCCGUUCGUCCACGUCAAGCUCAUCGUCCAACUCUUCACCUCAGCGGCAAACAGCAGCAAACUGUCGGAGGGAAGUGCUAACAAAACCAAAACCAAAAGACAGCAUUUCCAACAUUCAAGCUAGUAGUUCAAACCUCCAGAAGUCGCCGAUAAUGCCGACAGUUAUAUGUCCUGUACCGGAACCAAGUCAACCAACAGUACAAGUGCCUACUUGUGAGCCUGAAGUCGUAGCUGAAACUAUGGAGGUUCCAAUUAAACGUUAUUAUGGUCGAAAGCGUGACGGAAAUUCUUCUUCAAGCGAGGAACUAACGGAUUACGAAGGGAACAGUGGGGAAGAAAAUUCAAACGGUGAUAAAUCCAGCCAACCCUCGUCCAAAGUUCAUUCUACAGGAAGUAGUGGUCAAACUGGUAAAAAUGUGCCCACAGCAACUACAAGUUAUCCCUCUAGUUCUCAGCUCAAAGGAUCAAUGGCAGGCGAGAAGCAAAAUUUGCGUGAUCGUUUGAAGCGAAAGAUGCAGAUAUUACUCAACAAACAAUAUAAGGCAGACAAAAAGGCUGAGAUCGAAAGGACAGAAAGGCAAAUGCAACAACAGCAGGAACGGGAAGAUGAAAUGCGCGAAUUGGCUCUAAAAUUACGAAAAAGACAACGUGAAAUUCGCCAUAAGUAUGGAACACCCAACAGCGAGUCUUCAGAUAGCUCCCAAAGUGAUGGCAGUGAAGCGAAAAAUAACGGUAAUGCUGCCAGACACUCUUCACGUCAACCCCAGGCAAAGUCCCGAUCGAAAUCUCGUGACAGAGAAAGUCGGGAUCGAAAAAUUCCACGUUCAAGCUCGAAUAGGAACCCUAGUCCGUCACGAUCGUAUAGCAGUAAUCGGUCUCGUAGAAGCAGAUCAGGCUCCCGUCAUGUCAACAACAAAGAUUACGCUGGCGAUAGGAGAUAUGAGAGAAAUUAUCGUCGCCAGGACGACAAUGAUAGGCAUCGCAGUCCUAGGAGGUACGCUCCCCCCAGUAGAGACCGUCGUGAACGAGAAUCCAGCAAUUACGAAGGAGGUCGAAGAGAUCGUCGUGAUUCGAAAAGUAGAGAUCGAGACAGAACACGGGAUCGAAGAGCAUAUUCUCCGAAGAGACGCCUAGUGGACUAUUAGCAUAAUUCAAUUCAAUGCAGAAAUUAGAAUAAAAACGGCUAUUUUUUAUUA